AUGCAUGCUAUCUCCCAGCAACUCUCCCCUACCCCUGGCUGUACUGGCAUUGAUCUCUUACAAGCUCAUAACUUUGAUCUCCAUUGCUUUCAAUCCCUCACAGGGACAAAAUUUUUUGUUGUAUGUGAAACUGGAGCUCCAAAUAUGGAAAUGCUGCUGAAAGUGAUUUAUGAGCUGUACACAGACUUUGUUUUGAAGAAUCCGUUCUAUGAGAUGGAGAUGCCGAUUCGGUGUGAGCUGUUUGAUCACAACCUGGCUCAGGACCAACAGUGCUAUGCCACCAGUUUUCAUUUGGUCCGUAGCUUCUGUAUUCUGAAAGAUGGAUGCCACCAGCCUUCAUUUGGUCUGUGGCUUCUGUUUCUGAAAGAUGGAACAGGCUUUGCAGUGAUGUGCUUCGGCAGUACUGUUUGUGAUGAUCCAUCUCAAGUUACCAGGAAAUUCAAUGCUAGACUUCAAGUGAAAUUGAUGUUAUAUAUCGCGUUCAAAUGCUUCUGA